GACGGAGGUGACUCGACCGUAGGACCGUGGAGGAGGAAGAAGAGAGACUAUCAGAUUCUCUGAUACGGCGAAGUGGCUGCUUGCCUGUCACCGGCUGUUAGCUUGGCGCUGCUGCUGACUGAAAAAUACUGAUAUCGGGCCAUUGACAGGGAUCUACAAUGGCUUUGGGAAAAUUGUGAUAGUGCCAAUAUUCUGUUUGAGCUAACCUGAGUAGCCAUGCAGAAGAUGGGAGGACCCUGGAGGUUGACAUGGGUGUGUCUGGUCGUGUGGCUGACCAUGGUUGUCCUGCUGCUGGAAACGUCGGCCACAGCUGAGUUCGACCCUUAUAAAGUCCUGGGUGUAAGCAGGAAGGCCAGCCAGCCAGAGAUUAAGAAAGCAUACAAGCAGAUGGCGAAAGAAUGGCACCCUGACAAGAACAAAGACCCUGGGGCAGAAGAUAUGUUCAUCAAGAUAUCAAAAUCCUAUGAGAUCCUGUCCAAUGAGGAGAGACGGUCGAACUUUGACCGUUUUGGGCAGAUGGACGAGAACCAGCAGCAUCACAGCCAGCCCGCUCAUGGUUUCCACGGUUUCCACAACAGCUUCUACUUCGACGACUCCUUCUUCCACUUCUCACGCUCUGGCCGUGACUUCGCCGACAGCAAGUACAUGCUUCACUUUGCGCAGUACAACAACGAGGUGGUGCCAGACAGCUUCAAAAGGCCCUACCUGAUCAAGAUCACGUCCGAGUGGUGCUUCACCUGCAUUCACAUCGAGCCCGUCUGGAAGGAGACGGUACAGGAACUGGAGGCUCUAGGUGUGGGGAUAGGUGUGGUUGACAUUGGUUACGAGCGUCGCCUGGCCAACCAGCUGGGUGCCCACCGCACACCCUCCAUCCUCGGCCUGAUCAACGGGAGGGUGACCGUCUUCCACUAUGCCGUCGUCCGCGAGCACCUGCGCCAGUUUGUGGAGAACCUGCUGCCGCAGAGACAAGUGGAGAAGGUGACUGACAGCAGCUACCUGCAGUUCCUGGGCAGCUGGCCCGAGGAGAACAAGCCCAGCGUGCUGCUGUUUGACCAGAUGUCUGAGAUCCCCUUGCUCUUCAAGCUCACUGCAUUUGCCUAUAAAGACCACAUGAAGUUUGGGUACGUGGACCAGGGAGUCAGCGAGACCACAGAGGUCCAGCGCCAGUUCAACAUCAACACGUAUGCGCCCACCAUGCUGCUGUUCAAGGAGAACACGGAGAAGCCGGCCGACGUCAUUCAGGCCAAAGGCAUGAAGAAGCAGAUUAUUGAUGAGUUUGUCUCCAACAACCGUUUCCUUGUGGCUCCCCGAUUGGUCAACCAGAAGCUGUUUGAUGAGUUGUGCCCUGUGAAGCAGUUCCACCGCCGUAGGAAGUACUGUGUGUUGUUGAUUACGGGCGAUGAGGACUCGUUCUCGGCGAGCAACAGCGCCUUCCUGGCCUUCGCCUCGGCCAACACCAGAGAGGUGGUGCGCUUCGCUUACGUCUACCAGCGCCACCAGCAACCGCUGUGUGACGCGCUGCUCAAAAACAAGGACGCACAGCCGCCUCAGGUGGUGAUUCUGGAGAGACGCAGUAACACUGGUAAGGUGGUGUAUAAGGACGUCCUGGGUGGCUGGAACGGCAGUGAGGAUGACCGACGGCGUCUGAAUGAGCAUCUGGACAUCCUGCAGAGGGACCCCACGUACCUCAGUCUGGGUGCUACGAUACCAGAGCUAAACAACGAGCUAGCCUCUAUGUUUCUGAUUCAGUGGAUGUACACGGCCUACGACUACAUCUGCCAGCUGUACACAGAUCUGCUCUACUCCAACUGGAGAGAGAUGAUGCCCAUCAUGUCCCUGAUCUUCUCUGCCCUCUUCAUCCUGUUUGGCACCGUCAUCAUCCAGGCCUUCAGUGAGUCUGGCGAGGAGAAGCCCAGCAAGCCCAAAGCAAAGGAGCCGUCCAAGACUGCAGAGGGGUCAGCUGGCCCAGAGAGUACUUCCAGUCGGGCGCCCAAGAAGACCUUUGUGGAGGUGACUGAGCUGACGGACAUCACGUACACCAGUAACCUGGUCAAGCUAAAGCCAGGUCACAUCAACGUGGUUCUAGUACUCACCGACUCCUCCAAACAGGUUCUGCUCAAGAAGUUUGCCAAGGAGGUUUACUCUUUCUCAGGGAGUCAGUCUCUUCACUACUCGUUCCUGAAUGUGGAUAAGCACCAGCAGUGGAUGGACUCACUGCUGGAGUCCGCCCCUGACGCCGUCCUGGUCGACCGUCCAGAUGAAGACGACGAGGACAGCUCUGGUACUGGGGCCAAAGCCGACUACACAGGCUACGUGUUAGCAUUGAAUGGCCACAAGAAGUACUUCUGCCUGUUCCGACCCGUCUUCACUGGGGAGGAGGUUGACCAGAGCCGAUCCUCUGAUGACGAUGGAGCUGCAGCUGGAGGAGUCAGCGGUGCGUCGGCAUCGAUGGCGAACAGCACACGCUCGCGUUCCAGCUCCAGCCAGCGGUCCCGCUCACGCUCCCGAUCGAGCUCCAGCACAAGGGGGCGCCAGAGGCCCACCACGUUGCAGAUCCACCACAAGCUAGACCGGCUGAACCUGUGGAUGGAGAGGCUGCUGGAGGGCACACUGCCUCGCCACUACAUCCCCACCUGGCCCGGCCUGGACAAGAUCACCCCUGAGAAGAAGUAACACUAGCGCUAAUGCUAAUAUUAGCACCAAUGCUAAUCUUAGCACUGAUGCUAAAUGCUAACACUGGGGUUAUGGUAAUGCCAAUGUUAGCACUGAUGCUAAAGCUAACGUUAGCUUCACACACCAGUGGAAGACUGACUGAGCUAUGCCACUGUCACACAGAAACACCUCUGCUCUGGGUCAGGACCUCAGGGCCAAGUCUGUGUCUGUGUAUUUUUUUAAAUGCUUCUUUAGUACAAGUGAUGGACUGUCUAUCUGUCUGUUUGACUGACUGGAUACAUUGAUGAAAGGAAGCCCAUGCUGUAAUUGCACUGAUACAUAGGGGUACCCACAGCUGAUGUGCUGAGGUCUGUGUGAGGCAUCGCGAACUGUGGGUACGUUAACGCUUUAGCGCAGUCACUGAUGUCCCUCUUCCCUCUCUAGAGCACCUGGCGUGCUUCCUGUUCCUGCUGCAGGGGUCAGAGGUCACCCUUCUCCCCUUCCCCUUGGCUUCUGAAACUGCUGCUUUAACUUCAGAUAUAGAAAUAAUGUAACAGCUGAACUCUGGCCCUGCUCAACACUAGUCCCCCACUCUCCGCAUCUUCGCACUCUCCUCUUCUCCAAAACUUCAUUUCAAACUACAGUAUGCCAUCAAGUCUCAGCUCUAUCUUAAGCAUGAAAUGGUUUGCCAAGCUACCGACUUUAUCAGUUCUUGUUUUUCAUACAAACGAUACGCCUUGCCUAUGCAUGUAUGCUCUUUUGCCUUCGUCCCCCUUGAUGCAGUUCGAUCCACAGCUUGACCAACUGACUCCGGCACAAGUUACUGUACCCCCACUCUGCUUGCGUGACUUUAUGAUGCGUGAAUCAACACUGAGUCUUUUAGGAUGUGUAGUUUCUGUCCACUUCAACACUGUUGAUCAGGCUGUGUUUGGCCACACAGAGAUAAACCCUACUAGCUAGCAAAUAAAUAUAUAACUAAAAGAAAGAUAAAGAAACAUAUACUGUAGCUGUUAUUUAUGUUGAUGACAUAGAACACUGUGUACUGCGCUAUGUUUAACUUAUGUUUGCCAUGUGCUCUCUUGCGUUAAAAAUAAAAAUUUAUACAAAAUA